AUGGCAGAGACUAUAGUAAGUUUUGAAUAUGUCGCAGCAUUAUUAAAACAAACAACGGUGAAUCCACAACUAAAAACAAGGCGAAGGCACACAAUAGAAGACCUUGAGAUUGAUUAUGGAACCCAAUCGGACGAAAAUCUGAACGUAAUCCAAUUGAGGGAACGAGUGACCGAAUGCAAGAAGCAAUUACCAACAACAAUAACAGAAGGCAUUACUUUAACAGACUUAUUGACAGUAAUAGGAACAGCAAACAUCUUACAUAAGACACAUACG